GUUUCUAUUGUGUCAUUUGUACGGUGCGAAUGUUGAUUAUUGUCAGUGUUGAUUGUUGUAAUCACGUGGAUUAUUAGUGGAUUAUUAAUCACGAUACAGACAACGGUCGUCUUGGAACUUGCAGAUGAUAAAGGUUUGUAAACUGAUCACUUUGUAAACUGAUUCAAUAAGCCAGUAUUCAGUAUGACUGAUACACAAGAAUCAGAGAAGCAAGAUGAUCCUAUGAAGAACUAUGAAUUUGAUGGACAAACUUACAUUUAUACCGACAAAGCUACAAAUAUUACCUAUAAGUUUGACCAAGAAAAUAAUAAGUGGAUGAUAAAGAAAGAUAACGAGAAGAAUUCUGAUAAUAAGGAGAGUUCUGGAGAAACUGAAAAGAAGGAAAAUGCCAGUUCUGAAGUUAACUCAUCUGGUAUUUUUGGCUUUGAAAAUGAUACGCACACGUACACAGAUCCAAACGAUGGCAGCAUGUAUAUCUGGGACAAGGAAAAGAAUGCCUGGUUUCCCAAGGUUGAUGAAGACUUUAUGGCUAAGUACCAGAUGAGCUAUGGUUUCGCAAACACUAACGCACCACAGCUGAAAGCAGAACCUCAGCCUCCAGCACCUGCUCAGAAAAUCAAAGAAGAAAAGGAGCAGAGAAAAGCAGAAGCCAAACGGAAAGCUCAGGAACCACCGAGCUGGUUUGAAGUUGAUGAGGCGCAUAAUACCGCUAUUUAUGUAUCUGGCCUACCUCUGGAUAUUACCAUGGACGAGCUAACGCAACUCUUUACCAAGUGCGGCCUCAUAGCUAGGGACGAAAAAGGAAGAGACAAAAUUAAGCUGUACAAAGACGCUGCUGGUGAGCCGAAAGGGGAUGCUCUCUGCACCUAUAUUAAGGUCGAGUCAGUGGACUUGGCGCUAAAGAUUCUGGACGGUUCAGAAAUUCGCGGGAAAACGCUAUCGGUUCAAAGGGCAAAGUUCCAAAUGAAGGGUGAAUACGACCCGGGGUUGAAGCCGAAGCGGAAAAAAAAGGACAAGGAACGGCAGAAGAAGAUGCAGGAAAAGCUAUUCGAUUGGCGACCGGAGCGUAUGCGAGGAGAGCCGUUGAAGUGCGAAAGGGUCGUCGUUAUAAAGAACCUUUUCGCGCCAGAGGAUUUCGACAAGGAAGUCCAGCUUCUACUGGAAUACCAGCAGGACAUCCGAUCCGAGUGCCUCAAGUGCGGUGACGUCAGGAAAGUUGUUAUCUAUGACAGACAUCCCGAAGGAGUAGCGCAGGUCACAUUCCGAGAGCCGGCAGAGGCGCAAGCUUGCGUGCAGCUUUUGAACGGCCGUUGGUUUAGCCAAAGGAAGAUCUCGGCGGAGAUCUGGGAUGGCAAGACCAAGUAUAAAAUUACGGAGACUGACGCGGAGAUAGAAGCGCGAAUGGACAAAUGGGACAAAUAUUUGGAUCAAGAGGAGGAGAAGAGGGAACAGGAAAUGAAAGCCAGCAACGAAGCGCAAAAAGCGUCGUUACAAUAAGAAAGUAUCUUAUGAAAAAAGGAAACACGGUCGAUAAAAUCACGACUUCAUUUCGAAAAUUCUAUAUACAUAUAUAUAUAUUUUUUUUUAUAAUCUUUAAAAGUCCUCGUCGUUGUUUGGCAAUAAAUAUUAAAUUUCAGAUUUUUCUUUCGGGCAUUUUAAGAAGAACACGAUGAUUAAUUAUUGAUACGACGGCAAAGCCUAUGAUUGUAAGUUUCUCGUAUUCUUCGUCGAUAAAUCAGCGUUACUGUUGUAUUAGUAUAUUGUUAGUCUGUGUUAUAACAAUAAAGAUAUCUCCCGGACCGGCC